CCGCCCCCCUCUGGGUGACGUACCCUCCCAUCGCCGUCUGACAGACAUGCCUCAGAGAUGAGACAAGUUUGGCUAUCACGUGGGCCUGUUCUCGGUCACGUGAGCCCUCUCGGGUCGGCCCUCGCUUCCUUUACGGCUGCCGCAAAGCUUUGCUGUUUCCAGCUAUCGGAAGUGGAUUGUGGCAAUGAGACCGCAAGCGGCUGUGGCCGGUAAAGUGUUUAUCCAGAGAGACUACACCAAUGGCACGCUGUGUCAAUUCCAAACAAAGUUCCCCUCUGAACUGGAGACCCGGAUUGACAGACAGCAGUUUGAGGAGACUGUGAGGACACUGAACAACUUGUAUGCUGAGGCAGAGAAGCUAGGGGGACAGUCAUAUCUGGAAGGCUGCCUUGCUUGUCUCACUGCCUAUACUAUAUUCCUAUGCAUGGAGACGCACUAUGAGAAGGUUCUGAAGAAGAUUGCAAAGUAUAUUCAGGAGCAAAAUGAGAAGAUUUAUGCCCCACAAGGCCUCCUCCUCACUGACCCUAUAGAGCGGGGGCUCCGGGUGAUUGAAGUCACAAUCUAUGAAGACAGAAGUCUGACUGGCAGAUAG